AUGACAUUCCGGAUUUUGCUGAUUACUUCGCUCUUGGCACUAGCAUGGGGAAAGCCUCUGCGCAGGGACAUGCAGCUGCACGAGGCUCGAAGUAGCGCACCCGCGGGGUUCAGCCUCGCUGGAGCUGCCUUACCCGAUACGAUCCUCAACCUGCCUUUGGCGCUUGUGCGCGGUGAUGACGUGGGGCUCAUCGAAGCCUUGUACGACGUCAGUACCCCUUUCAGUUUGAACUACGGUCAACAUCUGACCAAGGAAGAGGUCGAGGCGUUCGUCGUACCAAAAGCAGAGACCGUCUCUGUUCAAGUUGUGAACGCCUGGCUUGACGUCCCUGUCGGUCAGGCUAACGGACUCCUCGGCACUGAGUUCUCUGUCUUCAUCCACACUGUAACAGGCCAACAGACGGUCCGUACGCUCUCGUACUCUAUCCACACGGAUCUAGUUGGACAUCUAGACGUGGUGCAUCCAACUAUAACCUUUCCUGAUCCAUAUGAGAGGUCGCCCGUUGUGAAUUACGCUACCAGCUCUAAGCGGUCUCAUUCUCUGUCCUUGUACAAUAUUCCGACUACCCCUGCCACUAGCUCGUCCAUACAGCUCGCUGUCACUGGAUAUGUGUAUGAAUAUCCGCAUCGCGAUGAUCUCUCGACGUUCCUACAAGACUUACGACCGGACAUCAAUUCCAACACGUCGUACACCGUCGUCUCAGUCAACAAUGGUACGGAUCCUCAGAACAGCUCGGCAACCGUAGAAGGGUUCCUGGACAUCCAGUAUACUGUGGGCCUCGCGACAGAUGUGCCGGUCGCGUUCGGAACCGUUGGUGGGGAGGUCCUCGACGGCGAUGACUUUGCAAACGUCCUCAUCGAUACCGCGAGCUACAUGCUGAACCUGAGUUCCCCGCCUCAAGUCAUGACGACGAGCUACGGCUUGAACGAAGACGUCAUUUCGACUAGUCUUGCUUACAACCUUUGCAACAUGCUCGCUCAGCUGGGGGCUAGGGGCAUGUCCAUCUUGUACUCAUCCGGGGAUGGCGGAGUCUCUGGAAACCAAUGGGACGAGACCUGCACGACCUUCAAGCCCACCUUCCCAUCUGGAUGUCCUUACAUCACUUCCGUCGGAGGUACGAUCAACAUCCCAGAGACGGCCGUGAACUUCUCCGGCGGUGGCUUUUCCGAUAACUGGGCAAGACCCGCUUACCAGGACUCCGCCGUGGCGAACUACAUCAGCUAUCUCGGCGGCGCGAAUGACGGGCUCUACAACGCAUCCGGGCGCGCAUACCCGGACGUCUCCGCGUACGGAAGCAGCUUCGAGGUCAUCGUGCAAGGGGAGGUGAUCGGCGUCAGCGGCACGAGCUGCUCGACACCGACGUUCGCGAGCGUCGUCGCUCUGCUGAACGACCAACUCCUCGCGGCAGGCAAGCCUGCGCUGGGCUGGCUGAACCCGUUCCUGUACUCCACUGGAGCGUCUGCCAUGAAUGACGUUACCGAGGGUAACAACUACGCCUGCUCGAACUUUACGACUGGGUUCAAUGCUACCACUGGCUGGGACCCCGUUACUGGCCUAGGUACUCCGGACUUUGCGAAGUUGAAAGCCGCGGUUGGGCUGUAAAUUAAUGCUCUGUCCACAUAGAAUGAGAAAUUGGGAGAAAAUUGAACGAUGUUGUGAUGAACACGGACGAACUAUAGUGAAAUGUAUACCACGAUCCUUGUCACAAAUGCAG